AUGCCUCUGUCCUUUGCCACAAACAUGAGGGUCAAGUUCCCCCUCAUGGCCAUUGGCCUGGAAGUUGUCAUGAUUGUUUUAUUUGCAUUUUUUGUUCAGUAUGAAACGAGUAAGAACACUUCCACGAAUCCCAACAGCACCGAGUUACCUGCCAUGGACAUGGACAAAACCAUGGAAUCGUAUCCUCACUUCCAAGAUGUGCAUGUUAUGGUAUUCGCUGGGUUCGGCUUCCUUAUGACCUUCUUGCGGAAAUAUGGCUUCAGUGGUGUGGGCAUCAACCUACUCAUAGCUGCUCUGGGACUCCAAUGGGGCACUUUUAUACAGGGGCUCUUUCGUAGCCAUGGACAGAGAUUCCAAAUAGAAAUCAAAAACAUGAUACAAGCAGACUUCAGUACAGUCCCAGUUCUGAUUUCUUUUGGAGCUGUCCUGGGAAAAACAAGUCCAAUCCAGAUGCUGAUCAUGACAAUUUUAGAAAUUACUGUGUUUGCUGCCAAUGAAUUUCUGGUUUUUGAGGUAUUUUCGGCCUCUGAUAUUGGAGAAUCGAUGACCAUCCAUGCCUUUGGGGCUUACUUUGGUUUGGCUGUAGCAGGCAUCUUGUAUCGAUCAGGAUUGAAAGAAGGACAUCCCAAUGAAGAGUCGGUAUACCACUCGGACUUGUUUGCGAUGAUUGGGUCUCUUUUCCUGUGGAUAUUUUGGCCUAGCUUUAAUUCUGCCACUGCUAGUGAUGCAAAGAAACAGUACAGGGCCAUCGUGAACACAUACUUCUCUCUCGCUGCCUCCGUGGUCAUAGCCUAUGCAUGUUCCAGCCUUCUCGAGAGCCAAGGCAAGCUCAAUAUGGUUCACAUUCAGAAUGCAACUCUGGCUGGAGGGGUGGCUGUGGGCACGUGUGCGGACAUGGAGAUUCCCCCCUAUUAUGCUAUGAUCAUUGGGAGCAUCGCAGGAGUGGUCUCCGUGUUUGGGUUCAAGUUCCUGACUCCAUUUUUCACUACUAAACUGAAGAUCCAUGACACAUGUGGGGUCCAUAACCUACAUGGCUUACCUGGUGUGAUAGGAGGCCUUGCUGGCAUCAUCACCGUAGCCUUGGAGAAAUCUGACUCGACUGCAGCGGUCAGUCAAGUAGUUGCACUAGGUUCUUCCAUUGCAACAGCACUUGUUGGAGGGCUAAUCACAGGUGCAAUUUUAAAGAUACCUGUCUGGGCACAACCACCUGAUGAGGACUGCUAUGAUGACUCUGUUUAUUGGGAGGUUCCUAUGAGAACAGAAUAUGACAACCGUAUCCAUGAACUUCUCGAAUACCUCCCAUUAGAACGUGAAGCCUAA